AUGGGGAGGAUUAUUGGUACUAGUGAAUCUGAUACUGGGAGUAUAGGUGUUAUUGAAUCUGCUGUGUCUGAUGGGCUCUUUAUUGUUGUUAAUGUUGCCAAUGGUUUUGCCAGAUCUGUAGUUGUUGCUCAUGUUGAUGGGGUUUCUAGCUUGAUUGGUGGAAUAACUGGUGUCACUGGUAAGAUGAUCGGUGUUGCUGGUAAUAUGAUUGGUGAUGUGGGUUUUGCAAGUAUUUUUAGGGGUGCAAGUGGUGUUGUGGGAACUGCUGAUAUAGUGGAUGGAAUUCUCAGUCGUGGUGGUGCAAUGGGUGUUAUCCUUGAUGUUGUAGAUAUAAUCAAAGCUCCACACUACCAUAAUGUGAAAGCCUCAAAAUCUUUUGAUGGAUGGUGCCAGUUGGGUGCCCAAGUGGACACCACGCAUGUGGGUGCGCUUCUUGAGGCAACUAAGGAGGCUGACAAGUGGCGACCAACUGGACCCCACGUAGGCACAGAUCCUAAGGCAGCAAAGUUUUGCAGAGAAAAGACUGCUAUGAUUGUUGCAUAUGAACAAAAUAGCCUUGUGGAAAACUCUUUAGAGAUUUUUAAGAAAAUGCAGUUGGCAGAUGUAGAGCUCAACUUAGCAACCUUUUCCAGCAUCCUCCCUGCGUGUGCCAAAAUGGGAGCCUUGGAUGAGGGUAUGGAAAUCCAUCGAAAAGUAUUUGAAGACAGAUUUUCUUCAAAUGUUAUAGUUGUGACAGCCUUGAUAGACAUGUAUGCAAAAUGUGGAAAUCUACAGAAGGCACAUGAAUUGUUUGACGGUAUACCUCAACAAGAUGUGGUUUCAUGGACUGCAAUUGUCGCUGGAUAUGCACAGAAUGGGUUUGUUGAUAAAGCUUUGGAGAUAUUCAAGCAUAUGCAAUUUUCAGGUGUAAAGCCCAAAUUCAACAACUUCUGCCAGCGUUCCUCUAUGCCAGUGCUAAGGUUUGGAGUAGGCUGUGAACGUCCAUCAUCGAAUGACUUAGUCGCUAUUACCUUGGCCGAUAUGAAUGCAGAGUGUGGAAGAACAUAG